CGGGCGCGGGUCGGGGGCGGGAGGCUCGGCUGCCCCUGCCCCGCCUCCUCGUCCUCCCCGCUGCGAGUCGGCCGCCCUCUCCCCGGCUCCUCCUCCUGCUCUUGGGGCUGCCGGCGGCGGCAGGAGGGCGGGAGCAGCGCGCGGUCCGGAGCGCGGGGACGGAACGCGGCGGCGGUAAACUGAGAAACAGACUCUUUGUAUUUCACUGAGAAGCAUCUCAUACAGCACUACUGGAUCCUCUGUCACAGGAAGGUUGGGACCUGUUUUAGUAACUGUUGGUUGCCAGACUGGUCACAUACUUCACUUUCUACAAAAGUGAGGCCGCUGCUGCUCGCCGAGGACCACGCUGCUGCUGCUGCUGCCGCCGGCUGCGGGAGUGAAUGACCCUGCUGCAACUUCCUUCCCAGGCCCCAGCGCCGCCUCCUGCCCCACUGGCCGACUGUUUUGAUUAACCCCUGGAUUUCUGCCUUGAACUUCAAUAUGUGUCAUGUCAUUGUCACCUGCCGCUCUAUGCUCUGGACUCUCCUGAGUAUUGUGGUGGCCUUCGCAGAGCUCAUCGCCUUCAUGAGCGCAGACUGGCUGAUAGGGAAGGCCAAGGGCCGUGGUGGCAGCGGGGCCGAGCCGACGGCAGGGGGUGCCCCCGAACCCCCGCACCCCACGUUGGGCAUUUACGCACGCUGCAUCCGCAACCCCGGCUUGCAGCACGUGCCGCGUGACACUCUCUGCGGGCCCUAUGCCGAGAGCUUCGGUGAGAUCGCCAGUGGCUUCUGGCAGGCCACUGCGAUAUUCCUGGCCGUGGGGAUCCUCAUCCUCUGCGUGGUGGCCUUGGUGUCCGUCUUCACCAUGUGUGUGCAGAGUAUUAUGAAGAAGAGCAUCUUCAACGUGUGCGGGCUUCUGCAGGGAAUCGCGGGCCUGUUCCUUAUCCUCGGUCUCAUCCUCUACCCUGCUGGCUGGGGCUGCCAGAAAGCCGUAGACUACUGUGGACACUAUGCAUCCGCCUACAAACCCGGAGACUGCUCUUUGGGCUGGGCCUUUUACACUGCCAUCGGCGGCACAGUCCUCACCUUCAUCUGUGCUGUCUUCUCCGCACAAGCAGAAAUUGCAACUUCCAGUGACAAAGUACAGGAAGAAAUCGAAGAAGGGAAAAACCUUAUCUGCCUCCUUUAGUGUGGAAAGAGACACAAAUGCCAUUUUUUCCUUUGUAAUCUUGUGAAACAGUCCAUGCCAUAUGAAUCGAGUGGAGAAAUAGCCUUCACCUACCAAAGCCACAUCCCACAGCCCAGGCCUUUACAGGACCAGUGAGAGGCAACACCUGGCUAAGCAGUUACUGGAUACAGGCCGCAGUGCAAAUAAGGAUGGAAUGCGAUCAUCUUGUGACAACCCUGACUGCAGCUGUGGGGUCCGAUCAGACCCCAUCUCCCCAGGGCUCCAUGAAGGAUAAUGAUCGGAAUCAUGAAGGCACAGUCUCUCUGGUAGCAGGGGACAUGUAGUUGGCCGCUAGCCUGGCAGGCUGUUUUGAGGACCGAAGAGGAAGUUUCUGGCCCACAGCUGCAUGUCUGUGCACAUCUCUGCCUUAGGAUGAAGUCUUAAGUUGGCAUUUUGGUUUUCUUCCUAUUCUUUCACAUUGUUUUAGUUGGAAACUGAAAGGAAGAUCACCAACUUAGUGGGGGUGGGAUGUGUGCCAAUGGACCAGAGGGGUCCUUUAAACAGUGUGGGGCUUACUCUACACCGAAUUCCAGGGGAAAGUGGAUCACCAAACUGUCGCCCCAAGGUGUCAGAAAUGUGAGUAAGGAGAGACUGAGGGCCUGUACAAUCCCAUGAGGAUAGCGGUUCGGACCCUGGCCAGGUGAAGACAGUUUCCUCCUCCAGCAGCCAGGCUAGCGCCCAUGGAGGCCGAGCCUCCUCCUUCUAGAGCUAAAGUUGUGCUCUGAUUGCCAAAGGAAACAUGUUUCCUUCUUCUGGGGACAGCAGGCUCCACACCAGCUGUGGCGCAGGCAGGUGCUCACAGCAGCAGAAUGGGAUUCUUUGCAGGAAAAAGGAACGAGUGAUGGGAGUUAAGCUUCUCUAGUCAUUGGUGUUGAUCCUGAAGGAACACUGAAAUAACAUUAAGCUGCUGCAACUGAACAGUUGCACCAGAGACUUGGAAAGCAGAGUAGAAAGUUUAUGCAAAGCCCAAGCUAAACCAAGGUCACAGCACCCGCCUAUACCUGUUUACAAAAACGAUCAAACACCACUAUUAGAAAGGAUGAAGAGAAAAGGAAAAAGGAUUCAGGACUUUUAAUGUAGUUUCCAUUAGUUACCAAUGUAACUGAUUGGGCAGGUGGUAAUGAGAAUGAGCGCCUGACGUGACAGGCGUGUCAGAUACUGCAAAGGAAGAAACACCCCUCACCAACUGAAUCCUGUCCAGUGUCUGGAAGGAUUAAGAUCGUUGAGUCUCUGGGUUUAUGAGUCUGCUCACAGAGGGCUUUAUUUUGAAAAUGUAACAGCUACUAAGCACCUUCUACUGGCAAGGUAUUGUGUGCUAAGUACCACUAGGGAUUCAAAACUUAGAAGUUACAACUUUGCACCAGUAAAUGUCAAAGCUGUGUGAAUCUAGAACCAUGGGAGGCAGAACAAAUAACUGUUUUACAGAAAUGGAAUGGGAGAUUAACAUUUUUGUUAAACUCUCUUUGGCCUUUGGCCUUUGGCCUAUACUAAAAACACCUUAUCUCACAGGGAAAGGCCAAGUGCAAGAUAGGAGCAGAUCUUCUAAAACAAAGCUCAUAUCUUCUGGCUUUUUUCAGAGUGAGAAGGGUUCACAGGAAUCCUUCUGGAACACCUAGGUAAAGGCGUGGGAAACAUGAACCAUCUCUCUAACCACAUGAAAUAGGUCAUGGGUGCCCCAACAUAAGACUCCUGGGCCAGAAAGUGUUUUAUAAUGUCUAACCAAGUCCCUCGGCCAGCCAGGUAACUACUUUCAAACCUGAGCAGUAUUUUUCAUUCAAAGCAGCUUCCUACAUCAGACAAAUCUUGAUAAAAAUUUUUUCUUAAAUUUCUUAUUGGAAGAUUAACCUCUACAACAUACAGAAUCCAUUUUACAAUCUCAGCCUCCUAGGAACAAGUCAUAAACCCAGGGGACCCUAUGCACAUGUCCAUCACCAGCUCCUUGGCUACAGAGGCAGGGCUCCCCACAGUCCCCUGUCGCAGUGAACCCAUCCACAGCAGUCCCAAGUGAAAAUAGGACCUCUUGGCCAGAGCAAUGUCACUUGACAGUGUUCAUUUCAUUAAUUUGAAUGAUGUAGAAGACUAAGAAAAAAGGGCACAUACACAAAUAAAACCCCAAACCACUAAAAACUACCUGAAGACUGACUCAGUAUAACAGAGGGAGAGCAAGUCUUCUGCCGCACGGAAAGGCAGCGUUGGGUCUGUGAAACCUUUGGCCCACUAGCCAGCCUUUCUUUGGGAUAAAAGACUGUAAUGCUAGUCUGGACCAAAACUUUUCUGUAUGGCGCUUUAUUAUUCGUCAUUCUUUUUUUUUUUUCCUUUUGUAUGGCUCUUUAAAAACCACUUGUUGACCCACACUUACUUUCUAAUAAAUAUGACCGUUACCAUUCCCAGGAAAGGUUUAUUUUGCCUGCAUUUAUGCUUAAAGUUUCUUGACAGCCUGGGCAUCUCAAAGCACUCUAAGGCAGCAGUGUUUGCCUCUGAGUCUGUGGGUUCUUUAAACCUGUGUGCUAAUUCAACAAUGUAACAUUUAAUUAUGUGAGGGUUUCUGUGUAGUUCUCCAACAUCUGUGAUAUAAUGAUCCUUGUUAAACAUGUAUCCCAUAAAGUGCCAUAGUCUUUUAAUGUGUAACAUAUUUAAGUAUGUAUAUUAUACAUACACAAGUUUUGUGAAAGAUGUGCAAUAACAAAGGUGUAUGUAUGUUUUCUUUCUUUUGGAAACUGGACAGGAGUCAAAACAGGGAUGUUUUCUGUUUUGGCAAAGGAGAGUUACACAUUUUGCCUUCAUGGCCUAGUCAUUACCCCAUAACAAUUUUAAUGCUACAUGAAACUUAUGUGAAGGAAAGACUGGUAUGAAAUUGUUUUUUCCUGGGUCUAAAUUAUAAUAAUCACUAUUUAUGUGAAAGUUAAGCCAGCAAGCCAGGCCCAGUUAAUACGAGUCUUUCGUGUGAAAUGUGAAGCUGCGUGUUGCCUUUUCUGUUAGUGUGACAACUAGUUGCUGGAACCUAAUCAAUCACCAGGCGCUGCUUCUUAGCGUGCUUUCCUGGACCUUUUUAACGCUAGACCACUGUGGAAGGGCUGACCGCAGGCCUUCUUAGCCUAAGUCUGGCUUGGACAGACCUCUGUGCAAUAAUGCCUGGCCUCAGGAAUCCCUGCCUGCCUCUGUCUGGGUAGCAGUGACACCCUGUGGGCCAAGAGUCAGAGACGGCUGGGUUUCUUCUGAGACUGUGGUGAAACUCGAAGGAGGAGGGAGUCGUCAGGUGCUCCGGAGGAACUCGGCACACUUGACAUUCAACAGCCACUUGAGCCACACAAAAACUGUAUCACAGCGAUGGACUCAAUUUGAGCCCUCAAGUGUAUGGUUACCCUGUUAUACUGUAAACUAAUACAUUAUCUAGCAUUCAUGAGGUUCCUGUGCCUAUGUAUUUUCACAAUGUGCUCCCUCCCUAUCAGAUUUGAAUUAAACCAGAUUUUACAAACUCA